AGUUAUUAUACUAUACAGUAGAAAAAUGGUGUGGAAGCAAUGGAAACAUCCUGCCAGCUGCUAAGGUUAAGAAGAUGAAACAUGACAAAGAAGAAAGAAUAAAAAUUGAGACUUUUUUUAGGGGUGCAAGUAUUAUUUACACAGAGAGAGAAUGGUCAAAGAUUACCGGUGGCUCCUGUCAAUGGUUGAUAAACCCCUUCUUCUCUUUAAUCUCUCUAUUAUUAAAACGUAUAAACACGCUCUUCUUUCUCUGUCUAAGACUAAAAGUCUCCCUAUAGACUCUUUCUUUCCCUACUCGCUUUCUCUCUCUACAAUUCUCUCUCUCUCCGUGUGGUAAGAAGAGAAUAGUCUGCCUUUCUUUCUUGCUUUCUAUAUUUCUUUGGUGGGUUUGUUUUGUUUUGUUGGAGCUGCUUUUGAGGGUUUUCUUGUCAGAAGAAAAGUUGAAUUUUGGUUUAAAGACUGUUUCUUUUGCUUUCUGAGUUUUGUUUCCUUGGAGCUUUUGAGGUUUUUUCUUGUCAGAGUAAAUCUUAAAUUUUGGUCCAAAGCUUUCUCUCUUUGCUUUCUGGCUUUUGUUCCUAACUUGGCGGAGAGGGGAAAAUGGCACAACGUUCACAUGUGCCAAAGUUUGGCAAUUGGGAAAGUGAUGAGAAUGUUCCUUAUACAGCUUAUUUUGAUAAGGCUCGAAAGGGUAGAGGUGGGAAGAUGAUAAAUCCAAAUGAUCCUCAAGAGAAUUUGGAUUCAGUCUCUGAUUAUUCAGACCCAGCUCAAGGUCCUCCUGAGGGCAGAGUUGUAUCAGAGGAACCUACUGGGCAGGGAGCUGUUAGACGUGCACAUGAGCGUCAAAGUAGCAGGGAAGAUGGUGAUCUCAGACAGUUUACUGACUCUCCAGUGCGCCAUGACAAUAUUAAUCGGAGAGAUUCGGCUCCUCAGCGUUACGGAGGCCGCGGAGUAAGUUAUGGUGAAAGCCACAAACGACCUGGAAGACAAAGUGCACAAAGCAUUGGGUCUGAUAAUAGCCUGGAGCAGUCCCCACUCCAUCAUAAGGCUAAAAUUUCCGGGAGAGGUAGUGGGGCUCCAUCUCCUGCUUGGGAAGGAAAAGGCUCAUAUGAGAGCAGCCACGGUACUCCUGGAAGAUCUCGUUUGAAACCAAAAGGCGAUGAAAGUCCAGAUAAGGGUGCUGCUGUUCCGAAAUUUGGCGAGUGGGAUGAGAAUAACCCUGCAUCAGCUGAUGGCUACACUCACAUUUUCAACAAAGUGAGGGAGGAAAGGCAAAUUGGGGCAGGGAAAGUACCUGGCAUGCCUUCCGAGUCACCUUAUAGAACUAGUCGUAAGCCAACCUCCAGCAACAGCUCUAAGAGCUGCUGCUUUCCAUGGGGCAGAAAAUGAUAUCUUUGAAUUUGUCGAUAAUUAUGAGUGUGGAACUUGUAAAUACUUUGAAGGCUAUCUUCGUGCGGAGUUACUCAUUUGACUACAUUCUCUCUUUUUAUUUGUGUGGCUUUGUUUAGUGUUCUGUUAAAAAGUGCAGUCUUAUCUUUAUUGCUUUCACUUUUAGAUUGUUCUGCAGUAUGCUAUUUAUCUUUCAAAUUAUAUUUGGCUGGAAGAACCAGAUACAAAUUCUUUUGUUCUAAAUUCUAAUCUAGACAUUAUAAUUUUCCUUUU